CUAAAUAAAAACAUAACCUAAAACUUUUAAAGCAUAUUUGAGUUUUAUUACAUUUAAUUGAAUUACAUUUUAAAAGUGUAAUAUUGAAUAUCAUCACAGAUUACAGAAUGGAAGCGCAAAAAUUAAAACAAAAGAAACCUAGUAUAAGCAAAGGAAAAAUUAAGAAAACGAUCAAAAAUGUUAUAUGUCGUCCGGACCCAGUAUUUUGGCCACUAGCAGAUGAAGAAGAAACUACUCAAAUAACUUCCCUGUUGAAAAAACACUCUGUGCACAUACCAGAAUUCAAGAAAUUGCCAUGGAAAGAGUUGAAACUAAUACCUAAAGAUAAAAGGCCGAAACAACCGCCCAUUGAGAGAGUAUCAGGACUUACUUUCGGAAUUUCGGAAUGUAGACAAUUAAUAGAAAAAAAGGAAUGCUCCGCAUUGUUAAUUGAAGCAUCUGUUAAUCCUAGAACAAUAGUUCAGCCUGUCAUUAGUCAUUGCUUACAGUUGAACAUUCCAGUCCUCUGUCUUCAAGGUCUGAGAACAGCAUGUGCUCAAAACUUUGGUAUACCUACAACUUGCCUUGGUGUUCAGACACCUUUGGAUGAAAUCAUAAACAAAACCAUGGAAUUAUUCUCAAAAAAGCAACCCAAAAGUGUACCAGAUGUAAAGAAAGAAAUAAAAGAGGAAAAAGAAAAUAAUAAUGACGAAAUGGAGGUUGAGACAUUAGAAACUGUUCCAACAUUUUCCUACUUAUAUAGGACAAGUAAGAAAUCCAGAAUGUUUAUACCGAGUAAUAAAGUUAGUGUUGCAGAGUUUGCCGGACAGCAAUAUAUUCAGUUCUCAAACAAAGAUGAUGGAAAUGAAAAGUUGGAUAGGAAGAAAUAUAUGGGAAUGUUAUUAAAAAGGAUAUCAAAUAAUCCAAAUAAGAGAAAAUUAAAUAAUGACUAAA